CUCUCUGCGUGACACUGAAAAGUGAAAAGCCUCUUUCCUCAUUUACGGAGAGUAUUGGGUCUUUUUUUACGGCGUCGGUCGGCAAUCUCUGCAACAUUUCAAGCUGAAUUUCGAUAGAUUAGGGAUAUGAGAUAAGUUCCGUUGGGGCAUUAAAACGCUUCAAAGGAGGGUAUUCUUUUGCCAUUGUUGAUCAGUGAGUUAUCUCUUCUGAUUUCCUCAUACUCUAUGUGCAUGGCUACUUCUGGUCUUAUUACUUGAGAAAUCUAAAAAUUAGAUGACUUUUCGAUUUUUGUUUCAGGGUUUGUUCAAAAAUAUGAUUUUGAUUACUGUGCAGACUGGGCUGUUCUUUGUUUUCCUUGUUUUGAUUUUUCUUUUUUUCUGUCUUGGGCUGUUCUGUAUGUGCAAUCAUUAGUCAUGUUUUCUGAAGAUUGUGCUAUAUUCUUAUGUUUCUUUUCGGUACCCACGCUGAAGUUUACCUUAAACUAUCUGAUGAAAAUUACUCUACUUGUUUCGCCUGUCCUCUUAACUAGUCAUUAACAUGAUAAUUGUACCCUUGAAUGCUUAGCAAUCGAAGAUAACGCUAAAUUUCUUUGCUUUUCAUGCGCUUUUGGUUUAAAUUCAAGUGAUACAGAUAUGGUAGCUGUUUGUCACACUGUUCAUCUUUCCUUUUCUGUUGUUUUUUGAUUUUAUUUUUUCUAAUAGGUUGACAUUCUUCAAAUUUUUCACGCUAAUUCUCUAUGUAACUUAAUUCCAGACCUUUGUGUUAUAUCUUAAAUAUAGGAGCACUUUAAGGCAGAGUUCAUCUAUUUCACAAAUAGGGUUAUAUGUAUGAGUUUUCCUUUUUCUAAUGUGAUGGUUAAUUUUCCAAAAGCAGAUAGAGGAGAUUAGGACAGAAUGAAGGUGAAUAGUUGUAUAAUAAUUAUCAAUGUGUGCUUUGUAGAUAGUCUGUUUGUUUUUGGACUCCUGGAUUAUUAUGUUUGACAUUACUAUAUCCUUAGUAAACUGAAAGAUGGACCGGCGAAAGUGGAAUACAAGAGUAUUUUGCUCUAGUUCAGCGCCAUCAGAGGAAUCGGCUUUGGAUCUUGAAAAAAACUGUUGUAGUCAUUCUAAUCUGCCUUCAUUAAGUCCACCGACACCACUUCAGCCUUAUGCAUCUGCUGGACAGCACUCAGAGAGUAAUGCUGCUUACUUCUCAUGGCCUACAUCCAGCCGAUUGAAUGAUGCUGCUGAAGAAAGGGCAAACUAUUUUGUUAACCUACAAAAGGGUGUUUUACCUGAAACUCUAGGUCAGUUGCCAAAAGGUCAGCAAGCAACCACCUUGCUUGAGCUCAUGACCAUACGUGCCUUUCGUAGCAAGAUCUUGCGUUGUUACAGUCUUGGCACGGCUAUUGGGUUUCGUAUUCGGCGUGGUGUUUUGACAGACAUACCAGCUAUUCUAGUGUUUGUUUCGAGGAAAGUUCACAAGCAGUGGCUCAGUCCCAUCCAGUGUCUGCCCACUACUCUGGAGGGACCAGGUGGUGUAUGGUGUGAUGUGGAUGUGGUGGAAUUUUCAUAUUUUGGUGCACCCGAGCCAACACCCAAGGAGCAAUUGUAUACAGAGAUUGUUGACGACCUACGUGGGACUGACCCAUGUAUUGGUUCGGGAUCUCAGGUAGCAAGUCAAGAGACCUAUGGAACCUUGGGUGCGAUUGUGAGGAGCCAAACAGGCAAUCGACAAGUUGGUUUCCUCACAAACCGGCAUGUUGCAGUUAACUUAGAUUACCCAAAUCAAAAGAUGUUUCAUCCUUUGCCACCAACACUUGGACCUGGGGUGUAUCUUGGUGCAGUGGAAAGAGCUACAUCAUUUAUCACAGAUGAGCUUUGGUAUGGCAUUUUCGCUGGCAUAAACCCAGAGACAUUUGUGAGAGCAGACGGGGCAUUUAUCCCUUUUGCUGAUGAUUUUGACAUGUCCACUGUAACUACAUCUGUGAAAGGCAUAGGGGAAAUAGGAGACGUUAAAAUCAUAGACUUACAAUCUCCAAUCAAUAGUCUUAUUGGGAAGCAAGUGACAAAAGUCGGAAGAAGUUCCGGCCUGACUAUGGGGACUAUAUUGGCUUAUGCACUUGAGUACAAUGAUGAGAAGGGGAUAUGCUUCUUGACCGAUUACCUUGUUGUUGGUGAGAACCAACAGUCGUUUGACCUUGAAGGAGACAGCGGAAGUCUCAUCAUAUUAAAGGGCUAUAAUGGGGAAAAGCCUAGACCGAUUGGUAUCAUAUGGGGUGGAACUGCCAAUCGAGGCCGACUUAAAUUAAAAGUUGGCCAACCUCCAGAGAACUGGACCAGUGGGGUUGAUCUUGGUCGCCUGCUCAAUCUCCUUGAACUUGAUCUCAUCACAACAAGUGAAGCACUAAAAGUGGCAGUGCAAGAACAAAGAGCCGCUUCAGCAACAGGGGUAGGCUCCACAGUUGGAGAUUCUUCUCCACCGGAUGUAAUGCUUCCAAAGGACAAGGUAGAGCCGCUGGGUCUUCAAAUCCAGCAUAUCCCUCUAGAAGAUGGAGAAGGUGGCCCAGAUAUGAACACAUCACCAGUAGAAACUGCAUUCCAUUUGGAAGAGGGGGUCAACUUGGGUCCAAGUGUUGAACAUCAGUUCAUCCCCAGCUUCAAUGGGAGUUCUCCGCUGCAUCGAGAUGACCAAUUGAAUAGGGUGGCAUCAGGGAAUCUGUCAGCCUUGAGAAAUGACUCUGAGGAGGAUAUUAACUUUUCAUUGCAACUGGGUGAAAAUGAGCCCAAGAGAAGACGUUCGGAUACAGUAGAACCAGCCACACUGAGUUAGAACUUGUCGGUUGAGGUUGGAGAACCUACCCUUUUCUUAAUGUGGAUGGCAAUAUGUGUUAAUCCAGUAGAUGCUAAUGUUGUACAAUGAGCAUUGGUAAACUCGAGGACUGCAGACUGAGCUGGUCUUGUCAUUCAGUUGUUUCAUGAUGUGGGCAAUCUGACAGUAAUCUUCUUUUGAGCACAGAAUUCAUUGAAUUGAAACAUGUUAUAUUGUCUCCUCUCAUUAACAGGCCUAAUUG